CGAGCUGUACUUCCGCCCCCCCCUCGUCGUGCAAGCCGCGCGUGAUCCGCGAGGUGCGCGCCGACAGCAUCGGGAAGCUGGUGACAGUGCGGGGUGUUGUCACCCGUGUCACCGACGUGCAGCCCAUGAUGGUGGUGGCCACGUACACCUGCGACCAGUGCGGCGCCGAGACGUACCAGCCCAUCCAGGCGCCCACGUUCACGCCGCUGCUGUCGUGUCCCAGCGCCGAGUGCCGCACGAACCGCGCGGGGGGGCGGCUGCACCUGCAGAGCCGCGGCUGCCGCUUCACCCGGCGCCAGGACCUGCGCCUGCAGGAGCACAGUGACCAGGUCCCCCUUUGUCCCCCGGGCCACCUCCCGCGCUCCAUCCUGGUGGCCGCCCAUGGGGAGAACACGCGGCUGGCGCAGCCCGGGGACCACGUCAGCGUCACCGGCGUCUUCCUCCCGCUGCUCCGGCCCGGCUUCCAGCAGGGGGCGCAGGGGCUGUUGUCGGACACGUACCUGGAGGCGCAUUGCGUGAUGAAGAUGAGCAAGAGCGAGGAAGAUGAUGGGGAGGGGGGGGAGCUGAGCGAGGACGAGCUCCGGCAGAUCACAGAGGAGGAUUUCUACGAGAAGCUGGCGGGCUCCAUCGCCCCCGAGCUCUAUGGGCUGCAGGACGUGAAGAAGGCGCUGCUGCUGCUGCUGGUGGGGGGCGUGGAGCGCAGCCCCCGCGGCAUGAGGAUCCGCGGGAACAUCAACAUGUGCCUGCUGGGCGACCCCGGGGUGGCCAAGUCGCAGCUCCUGUGCUACAUCGACCGCCUGGCCCCGCGCAGCCAAUACACGACGGGCCGCGGGUCGUCGGGCGCGGGGCUGACGGCGGCCGUGCUGCGCGACGCGGCCACGGGGGAGCUGGCGCUGGAGGGGGGGGCGCUGGUGCUGGCCGACCGCGGCGUGUGCUGCAUCGACGAGUUCGACAAGAUGACCGAGGGCGACCGCGUGGCCAUCCACGAGGCCAUGGAGCAGCAGAGCGUCUCGGUGGCCAAGGCGGGCGUGCUGGCCACGCUCAACGCGCGCUGCGCCGUCCUGGCGGCCGCCAACCCGGCCCGCGGGCGCUACGACCCGCGGCGCAGCCCCGAGCACAACGCGCAGCUGCCCGCGCUGCUGUCGCGCUUCGACCUGCUCUGGGUGCUGCCCGACACGCCCGAUCGCGACAACGACCUCAGGCUGGCCCAGCACAUCACGUACGUGCACCAGCACAACCGGCAGCCGCCCGGCGCCGCGCGCCCGCUCGACAUGCGCCUCAUGCGCCGCUACCUGUCCACGUGCCAGCGCCGGCAGCCGCUGGUCCCCCCCGCGCUGGCCGAGUACCUGACGGCCGCCUACGUGGAGCUGCGCCGGGAGGGGGCGGGGGGGGGCACCUUCACCUCGGCCCGCACCCUGCUCAGCGUGCUGCGCCUCGCCACCGCGCUGGUGGGACGGGGGACAUGGGGGGGACGGGGGGGGGAUGGUAUUUAG